AUGAAUGAACAAGCAAGAAAGAGGGAACAAGCAAAACAGAGGGACGAGAGAUCAAGGAAUAAAGACCUGAGAAGGAUCAGGAUGACGUGGAAACGUAUAGCAGCUUGUGAAUCGUUCUUCCUAUCACCCUCUGACUUGCAACGCCUCGGUGUGGAAGCACGUCAAGUAGAAAACACAGACGACGGUGAUCCGCAAUUUGAGCCACGUUUCUUCGAGCCCCACCCGGCAGCGGGUGUACUCCAGCAAUACCCAAUCGACCCUGCUGCGCCGCCGAGCAACGAUAGGAUGACAAUGCCCUUGUGGUGCAUUCCUACGCUUCAAGAAGCCCUUGCCACAGUACAAGAGAGGUUUACAAAACCAGAAGACCCUCUCAAAGCGGCUCGCGAGUUAGUGGAAGAAAAGAGCGAACACUGGCACUCGUUUGACCACCACCAACGUGCUUUUCGCCUUCAUCUAUACAUCACAUCUGAGCUUGAUGCAAGACGAAAAGGUGGCCCCCCAGGUUUGACUCUUCAAAUUUUCGAAACUGUAAAGCAGUUUAUGUACGUGAAAGACAUCCUUGCCCACGCUGAUUUUAUGAUAAUAUUAACCUUGUCGAACAGAUUUGAUGAAAGCCUGAUGCGACAGGGUGGACUUACCUCAGUGGUCUGGAAACACCACAUCUUUCACGAAGAAUGGGAUUAUAUCUGUCACCUCCCACUUGCCUUUUGCACUAUAGAAGCGAGAGUCGACGGGAUUCUUUCCGAUCAGAAAAUUAAUAUCCAUGAGAUGAGAGCUAUCAUGAGAAUGAAUAGAAUCAGAUUUCGCGGGUCUCAUCAACAUUCUAUCUACCCGUUUAGUGUGUAUAGUCCAUUUGAUUUCCUACUCAUGACAUAUAUGGGCAAACAACAGGGCCGGACCACACAAAUCGUCGUUCAAGAUGGGCGAAUAACGAUACAAUACUCCAAGCUCUGGAGCUUCGAGGUCAGGGAUACCGCGCCGGUGGAAAUUUUCAUUCGCUACAGACUGAGUCGAUUUGUUGGGUUUGAGGCCAGAGGGGAAUACAGUGCGACUCUGGAAGCCCCGUGA